UUAAGACAUUCAAUCAACAAAAGUUGCAGGUUUUUGAGUUGCACAGUUUAACCAACUAACAACCCUCUCUUCUCUAACACACCCACUUCUAAUAAUAAUAAUAAUAAUAAUAAUAUUUAUUAUUAUUAUUGUUGUUGUUAUAAUAAUCACAAUUACACUUUACUUAAUUUCUCUCCCAAUUUUAUACCAAACUGUCACAUUGCCAUUUUUUAUAUAUCAUUCUAGUUAGCUUGCCCAUAAAGCCAAACAGCAACCAGUUGAACACUUUGAGAUCUUAAUUUAAUCACACACACACACAUAUAUAUGUGUACUCUGUAAGCUACUGUUUUUUGAGAUUAUAAGCGUGUGUGCGUGUGUGUGUGUGAAUUUUUAAGUUUGGGGAUGAUGAUGAGAGAUCGUGUGGAGAGAUUGGUUGUGUUUCCAUUCGCCAUAGGUUGUAAUUCUGAGUCAAGCGUUGCUCUGGGAAAAAAGACAACUACUGAUGAGAACAAUCAACCCAAGACACCAAGUGAUCCUGAAGAGAAAAAGCCACCACCAAGAAGACGAGAAAGUAACGAAGAAACAAGUUCGUCGUUGUCUAGAUCAGUGAAGAAGAAGAGUGGUUUCUUCAGUUUUCUGAAUCUGCCAAAGCGUAAUAUUUCCUGUGGCAUACAGAGAUUGAUUAGAAGCAUCAAAAGUUUCUCUCAGAUGUUUGUGUACAAGGAUGAAGAAGAAGAAGAAGAAGAGGAGGAGUCAGAUGGGUCAGAAAAGGAGAUGGAAAUCGGAUUCCCAACCGACGUGAAGCACGUGACCCACAUAGGAUUAGAUGGGUCAACCACCACAAACCCAAACACAGUAAAGGAAAUAAUAGGAAUCGGAAUGGGAAUGGGAUCUCCGGAAGUGCUUUCAUUCCCUACCAUUUCUCUCAAGCAGUUUGAGCUAGCAAUGGCUGCCCAAUCAACGACGGUUGAUCAUCAACAACCUUCAUCCGCCGCCGUUGAUCUCAACCACGUUGUUAAACAAAAUCUCACAAAACCUUGAUUCCUUUUCAAACCCCAAAAUAUUACUAAUCUUUUGAUCCUGCGUUUUAUAUAUAAAUAUAACUUCUUUUCUCGGUUUUUUUCUCUUCUUUCUUAUUCAUUGAUGUUGCAAAUUAAUGAUGUAUUUCAUGAUGAGUAAUACGAUUUGAUGAUUAGAUAAUCGUUUUGUAUAGAAUCCUCGGAAAGAAAAUAUCAAAUUUACUUUGAAAUGUAUAA